GUGUAAAGAUUUCUGUCUGUGUUACUGGAAUCCCUAUUGGAUGCUGCCCUCUGAUGUUUGUGGAAUGAACUGCUUUUGGGAAGCGGCUUUUAGAUACAAUCUGAAAAUACAGCCUGUUGAGAGAAUGCACCUAGCUGUAGUUGCUUGUGGUGAAAGACUGGAAGAAACAAUGACCAUGUUGAAGUCAGCUCUCAUUUUCAGCCUCAAACCUCUGCAGUUUCAUAUUUUUGCAGAAGAUCAGCUACAUGAUAGCUUUAAAGGCAUACUUGACAGCUGGUCAUUUCUACAAACAUUUAAUUACACAUUAUACCCCAUAACUUUUCCAAGUGAGAAUGCAGCAGAGUGGAAAAAGCUCUUUAAGCCCUGUGCUUCCCAGAGGUUGUUCUUGCCAUUAAUCCUGAAAGAAGUUGACUCAUUAUUGUAUGUCGACACUGACAUCCUUUUUUUACGGCCUGUUGAUGACAUUUGGUCUUUACUAAAGAAAUUCAAUUCCACCCAAAUUGCCGCAAUGGCGCCCGAACAUGAGGAACCUCGGAUAGGGUGGUACAAUCGCUUUGCCAGACAUCCGUACUAUGGGAAAACUGGAGUAAACUCCGGAGUUAUGUUGAUGAACAUGACUCGGAUGAGAAGGAAGUAUUUCAAGAACGAUAUGACAACUGUCCGACUGCGAUGGGGAGACAUACUUAUGCCACUGCUGAAAAAAUACAAACUGAACAUCACAUGGGGUGAUCAGGAUCUCUUGAAUAUCAUGUUUUUUCAUAAUCCAGAAAGCCUUUAUGUUUUUCCAUGUCAAUGGAAUUACCGACCAGAUCAUUGUAUAUAUGGAAGCAAUUGCCAAGAAGCAGAAGAAGAAGGAAUCUUUAUUCUUCACGGGAACAGAGGUGUUUACCACGACGAUAAGCAACCAGCAUUUAGAGCUGUUUAUGAAGCACUGAGAAAUUGUUCAUUUGAAGAUGACAACGUCCGUUCCUUAUUAAGAAAUUUAGAACUGGAACUACAAAAGACAGUGCAUACAUACUGUGGGAAAAUUUACAAAAUAUUUAUCAAGCAGCUAACCAAAAGCAUAAGAGAACGUUAUGACAGACCGCCAAAAGGAAGAACGUGCACACAUCACGUGCCUUGUCAUCACUGUUGGAGAGCCGGACCAGUGGUUUUGAAGUAUAACAGAAGAUCUGUGAAGGAGUUGGUGGCUUCUACCUGUUCCUGACAUCAGAAACUGGAAAAGGUCGUAGGCUUUCAGUUUUUCCAAGCAUUUUGCAUAAGUUUAUUAAUGUUUUGAAUACUAAUUGUGAAAUUGCAGAAUGGCAUCAUGGUGUACUGUGAUAUGUAGAGAUUACUACCCUAAAGCUACUUUUUUAUUUUAAAAUAUUUUGGGUUUUGAGUAAUGUGAGUAUCUUCCUCCAAAUAUGUUGUGUGUUUUGACAGUUGUUAAAGAAGAGCAUAAAAUGAUAGGGUUGGGUCUAACCUGGGAAUAAUGGAAACUUGUUUCACUAUGUUUUGGAGGAGUUCAGUUCAUUGUUGAGAAACCGUAUGUUGUGUUACUAAAUAAACAUACAUCCAAUAAAUGCUUAAUUUUCUCAA